CCACCUACUACUACUACUUCCACAACGCUGAUCGCCAAACAUGUGGGAAAUGUUGGAAUUGUCAAGUGUUUGAUUUGUUUAAUUUUAAAAUAAUUUAAGAUGGCGAAGGACUCGAGCGUCGACUAUUACUGGGGGCCUUUAAUUCAAUGCAAGCCGAUUGUCACCUCUAGUUCAAAAUUUUUAGUUGUGGCAUUGGGGUCUGCCUUAAGAAUAUUCAGCACAUCAAGUGGUAGCCUUUUGAGAAUACUGAGAGGACACAACCAUGAGGUUGUUGGCUUUGCAUUGUUAGAUGAUGCUGAAGAUAAUUUCAUAUCUUGUGAUGAGUCAGGAAAGUUAUGUCGCUGGAGCUUACAGGUAGAUGUGAAGAGAAGCCCAUUGGUACAGACAUGUAAUCUGUUAGAACAGUACACAAAAAAUAAAUGCAAGGUUGUGAACUUUGUCUCAAGUGGGAAUCUGAAGGCAGUAGUGUUUGGUGUCCUGGAAGAAGAUAAAGAUCUAGAGAAACUCAUCGUUUACACGUCCAAGUCUGGAUCGAAGAUGAAAGGCUUAAGACGGUCAUAUCUCAAAUCAUCAGUCAAACUUGGUCACGGCAAGAUUGCCUUGUCACCAAAUGGUGAUUUUGUGGUUUGGCUAAAGAAACAGGAACUCAGAGUCAAAUCUUUGGUUUCUGCGGAUUAUCGCAGGCAUUUUGUUGGCGUUCGAGAGAUAACGUGCAUGGCUUGCCAUCCCUCAAAGUUAUCAGUUGCUACCGGGGACUGCACUGGCCGAGUAUUGUUGUGGUAUCAGCUGUAUAAGCAACCUGUUAAAACUGAGCUACAUUGGCACUCUCUUCCAGUUUCAGACUUGGCCUUCUCAAGAACAGGUGCUGAGUUGUACAGUGGGGGUGCAGAAUGCGUCCUGGUGAAGUGGCAAAUCACAGAAGGCAAAAAACACUUCUUGCCACGUCUGGGGAUGCCCAUCAAAUACGUCGUGACAGAUACGAAGAACAACAAGAUUGUUUGUGCCCAUAUUGAUAGUGCUUUUACGGUUAUAUCUGCCAGAGAUUGUCGGCUGGAGGGCUCAAUACAGGGACUGUCCUUAAGUAUAGAUGAUGCAGACCCUUACCCAGCUGGUAUAGUCUAUGAUCCCAGGACAAGAGCUAUUGUCAUUAAUGGAAAAUCAGGUCAUCUUCAGUUUUAUGAUCUCAGCCACAAUAAACUACUGUAUCAGCUAGACAUUGUGAGGGAGAACUUCAUAAAUCCAGAGCGUGAUGUGAAAAUGUACAAUACAGAGGUGAAAAAGGUAGCCAUAUCACCUGAGGGAACUUGGCUGGCCACUGUUGAAUGUAGAGAUGACUUUCAGUCUUCUAUAGAAAUCCGGCUGAAAUUCUGGCAAUUUGACAGUGAAAAACAAAGCUGGUUCUUGAACACUGGAAUAGAGUUACCGCAUGAUAAGUAUGUUAAUGGUUUAGUAUUUGAUCCGUCUUCAGAGUCGUCGAGUACUGCCGUCUGUGCAUCUUGUUCUGAUGAUGGAAAAUUCAAAAUUUGGGAAGUGUUUGACAGUUCAGAUAUAUACAAACAAAGCUUUACAUGGAGCUGUCAGAAGACUGGCAUCUAUCGUCAUUUGCCAGCAAAAGCUGUAACGAUUGCUCCAGAUGGAUCACUUGUUGCUGCUGGUUUUGCUAAUAUACUUACCAUCUGGACACCCGACCAGUGUCAUUUGAAGGGAACAUUGUCACAACCUUAUUUGAAAGAAAAUUUGCUGCAAAUAGAAUUUGGCAGAACAGCAAGUUGCGGAUCGAUGGUGAUUACUCGAAGUGAGAGCUGGUUAUGUGGCUGGAAUUUGUUUACAUGCACACUAUCUUGGAGGGUUAUGAUUAACUCCACUUGUAUGGCUGUUGAUCCUGUGACUUCUUUUGUGGUUGUCUUCUCAAAUAAAUGUGAUGCUUUCAUGUUUGAACCACGAAACAUGCAAAUGCCAACAAGACUAGAAAAUAUAAUAACCAGUCCAGCUCUUUGUGCUGCGUUUAUUCCACGUGAGAAGAAGGUCACAUUAAGCACGCCCUGGAAUGAGGAAAGUCAGUUGUUCAUCAUUGACAAAGCACAGAGACUCAAGCUUAUUGAACCAAAAGGAGACAUACAUGCAGCUGAAGCUGCGAUAGAAGGAUUAGUUCAAAAGCUCGUGCAAGACACUGUUGCGCUUCCUGCGCCAACUCCGUUUUCUUCUCUUUUGGCUCAAACCCGAGCAUCAGAUGUUGUUGAUAGAAAGACCAGUCAAGUAGGCUCAGCUGCAUAUGGUGUUAGAGUACAAAACUCAUCUGCUUUGUUGGCAAAGGUCUUGAAUGAAGCUCGUGUUUACAGAUUAGAUGACUUUGCCACUUUAGCGAGAGAAUACUUCCAACUUAUUAUUCCUGAAGCUGUAACAAGCAAGGAAAAGAUGGACUACGAAGAUUUUGAAACAUAUUACAAGAAGAUUGGAGGUAACCCUGAAAAGAAGACUGGUGAAAAGAGUGACAGUGAGAUGACAGAAAAAGAAGCAAAGAAAACUGAGAAGAAAAAUAAGAAAAAGUUAAUAGAAAGAGGACUUAAUAGUGACUUCAAAGAUCUUCUUCAGAUUAUAGCUGAUGACUAACUAUUAAGAAAAGGAAUUAUAUUUUGUACUUAUACAGAUUGAAAGUCAAUUAAAGAAAAACAUAUGAAAACUACUUAUUAUAGUGCCUGACUGUAUCCAUGUUUUUAUUUAAUCUAUCAAUCACUGAAUUAUAGUAAAUUUUGAUUUUUGCUUUGAA